CAUCCCAUUUCAAUUGUCCAAUCCUAUUCUUUGGGGAAAUCAAAGUUCCUCUUUAGUCUUUCUUCAUCUAUUCCUUUUUUAAAAAAAUAUGUGAUAAACUAAACAAAGUAGCCGAGAAUUCCUUUGGUGGACAGAAAGAAGUUUUGGAUCUGGGGAGCCAAGCAAGGACUGUGCAAGUAAAGUGGUCUUUUCCCUUCCCUGACCAUGGCAUUUUGGCUUUGGCCUCUCUUGGUGUUGCUGAGCACAGAGAUUGCAAUAGCUGAAGAUCUGGGAUUCAAAACUUGUAGACUGCAAGGUCUCAGUGAAAAGGUACUAGAAGUGCUACCUGGAGGUGGCUGGGACAACUUGCGUAAUGUGGAGAUGGGCAAAGUCAUGACCCUCAACUAUUCCCAAUGCCGGACUACUGAAGAUGGUGAGUACCUCAUUCCCAAUGAUGUCUUUUUGGUGCCCCUCAAGAAGAGCACGGUGGAGAUCCACUCUGAAAUUAUUGAAGACUGGCUGUCCUACACCGAUGCAUUUUCCAAAUCCAUCAAUGCUGAGGCUUCCUACCUCACUGUGCUCAAUGGCAGGUUCUCCACUGGUAGCCAAGAAACGAAGACCCACAAUGUCUAUGAUGAGACAGUCACCACAAGAGUGCAGGUACUGCAUCACAUCUACUCUGUGAAAGCUCAACCGUCCUUCACUUUCCACAACGACUUCCGUCAUCAGCUUGUGAGUAUAGGCAACCAGCUGGAGAACAAUCAGAGUCGGAUUGCUGAGUAUAUGGCAGAAAUGCUGGUAUUAAGCUACGGCACACAUGUCCUCACAGGUGUGGAGGCUGGAGCAUCCCUCAUACAAGAAGAUCAGGUGAAAAAGAAGUUUUUGCUGGACAAUGAGGCUAAGAAAGCAAGCAUCACUGCCUCUGCCUCUGUUACUUUUUUCCACAAAGUCAAUGUGGGAAUUGGGACCUCCAUGGAAGGUUUGAGUAAUAUGACUAAGGAGUAUCUGGUAAAUACUGUAAAUUCCAAAUUGGAGAGCUGGGGCAGUGUGCCUUUCUAUCCUGGUAUCACCCUCCAGAAAUGGCAGGAGGGCAUCCCCAAUGGUUUAGUGGCGAUAGGCAAGUCAGGGCUUCCUCUGCCAUUUUUCAUCACCCCUGAUGCUUUACCCGAAUUGCCAGAGCCUACAGUCUAUCGAGUGGCCACUACAGUGGAAAACGCUAUCCGCCUCUACUAUGCAAUCAACACCCAUCCAGGCUGCGUUGAGCCCAGCUCAAAGAACUUCAAUUUCCAGGCCAAUGUGGAUGAUGGCUCGUGCCAAAACCCCAGCACAAAUUAUACCUUUGGUGGAAUCUUUCAGGAGUGCCAUGGGGUUUCGGGCCAGGACUCAGAAGAGCUUUGCCAGUCUUACCGUAUCCAGAACCCUUUGACUGGCAGCUACUCUUGCCCGAAGAACUAUUCGGCUGUCCUGCUGCACGAAGAGCAGCGUACAGCCAACCAGCCAAAGAUGGAGUGUCACCAGCAGUGCCAUUCCUGCUGGCUUGUAUUUAAAUGCUGUAACAAGGUGUGCGGCAUCCGCUACUACCCCAGCACAGUGAAGUUCUUUGCUUAUUGGUGUGCUGCCGCAGGCCCAAUAGCUCAGAGCACAGGAUUUCUCUUUGGAGGACUCUAUAGUACCGGGAAUGAGAACCCAGUGACCAACACCUAUACCUGUCCAGCCUACUUCUUCCCCUUGGUCCUCUUUGACAAUCUGAAGGUGUGCGUCAGCAAUGACUAUGAGAUGGGCUCCCGCUUUGCGGUGCCCUUCGGUGGCUUCUUCAGCUGCCAGUCUGGCAAUCCUCUGGCAGGCUUGCGGGAGGGGCAAAGCCCUGGAAUCCUCCAGGAUUUUUUCUACCAAGAUUCCCCUACUAAGUACCCCAUGAAAUGUCCAAGUGGAUAUAGUCAACAUAAGGCAUAUUUAAGUGAUGGCUGUGAAAUUCUCUAUUGCUUGCAGGCAGGGACACUUUUUGCUCAGCAGUUGGCUCCCAUCAAACUCCCCCCUUUUCUGCGCACACCAUCCCCAAAUGGCAGCCUUUCUGAAACAAUCCUAGUGAGCACCGAAGGUAGCCAAGCCUGGGUCAAAAUACAGCAGAGUGGGAGCUGGAGGUUGGCCAAUGGCACAGAUGGGAAGGCAAUAGCUCUUCUUUUCCAGAGAAAUGACAAUUUGGGAUUAUCAAAUGGGGCCAUUGCUGGGAUUUGCGUGGCAGUGAUUGCAAUCUUGGUUAUCUUUGUUUUUAUCGCAUUCAGAAUUCGGCGCUACAAGAUUAGAGGCUACCAAGAGGUGACAAAUGAGCAUCUAGUCAAUAAUGAUGGAAACUAUGGAACCACAGAAACACUUCCAGAAUUUAGUGCUGCCUGAAACAUAUUUUCAUCUAUACUUUGAAGCUUACUUCCAACUGUGGGAAGUGGGAGAGGCAGAAUAAUAAGGGGGAGUUGUGUAGGGAUGGGGGGAGGAAGCAUUAACUAUGGGUGUAUGUAAAAAUGUUUGAUCAAAAUGAUGCUAACCAGCUUCCAAGCAAAAUAAUUUGCUUUGAAUUGAGUGAAUAUAGGUAAUUGAUAAUUUAUUUACCUGAAUAUAGGUAAAAUAAGCAACCAGAGGGAAAUAAAUGGAAAGAUCUAGGUUUUAUCACGAAUGUCAAAUUAUAUGAAUGAAAGGAAAAUAAUUCAGCUGUAACAAUAUAGCUUUUUGUUUGAGCAACUGUAGUUCUAUAGCUGAAAGAGAAUAGGUUACACUGACAGGACAAGAUAGGAAAGGACUUAAAAGUAAUUUUAGUAGACUGAGACAUAAUUUAGAGCAAGAACAGCUCUUGCUGUAGUGUACUGAGAAUUCAUUUAUAUGUAGGGGGAUUUAUUUUACUUUUAUUGCACUUUGACAGCCAUCACUUGAUACAUUAUUUUAAAAAAGCGGAUAAGCAACAAUACCGAGUAUAAUAAGCAAACUCCUUUGGCAGUCAGUCAAUAAAUCCUUUGUCAAUCCAAUAAAUCCUGUGCUGUUGUUUAGAAAAAGGUCUUUGACCCUUAGGUGAUGAUUUUUUCAUCACUGCCUUAUGAAAUUAGCCCUAAUUGGUAAGAGUGAGAUAAUUGCUUUAAUUCCUGGAAACAUAUGGGUUUAUCAACAUACUGUAUUAUGAAACUCCACUUGUAUUGGAAAAUAGAGAUUAGCCAAAUGUAAGUCAAAUGUAUGUGGUGAUAUUCUGAAAUGCUUUCUUGCUGAAUACUUUGUUUAUUUCCUUUGUUUAUCACAAUAAAUUGAUAUAUUUGGAA